CCUCCCUCAACCCUCAACACACACGCAGAAUCUCAGCCUUCGAUUGCUUCACGAAUUCUGGGAACACCUCAUACCACCUCUCCCACACUCAACUCCACCCAACCCCACCCAACCCAGUCCCUUUAAGGCAGAGCUCCCCAGGGAGAAGCACAGCUGAGUGAACGGAGAAAAUCCUUCGAGCAAACCCAGCCUCAAGGAACAGCCGCUGGUGGGUGUCGUGGCCACUCGCAGACACCCAACCAGAUACAAAAAGAAGAACUUUGUCCUUUUCUUGUCAUUCUGAAAGACUGUGAACCCUGGAGUCCUCAAUCAUCACACAGGAAGCUGAGGACUUCCUGCUCAAUCAGGACAUUGAACCUUGAAUUCAUAAAGACUCUGAAAGCUCCAGAAACAAAGACUUCGUGGACCAAAUCCCUAGGGACCAGUAUGCCAGGAUGAUUUGAUACUGGACCAGUUUCUUGAGAAGACUAGGACCAAGGAGCCUCACAAUCGGGACUGCUGAUUUGUCUUUGGAGGAGCCCACUGCCUCCCCCGGCAAAGUAAACGCAGAACCCGUUUUCCUCGACUCGUGCAAGAAGCCAGCAUGCAAACCUCAGCCCCCACAAAUGACUAUGACGUGACGACAGAAUAUGACUAUGAGGGCAUAACCCCGUGCCAGAAGGGAGAGGUGAGGGCCUUUGGAGCCCAGCUGCUGCCCCCCUUGUACUCCCUGGUGUUCAUCAUCGGCGUGGUCGGCAACAUCCUGGUUCUCCUGGUCCUCAUGCAGCACAAGAGGCUCCGGAGCGUGACCAGCAUUUACCUCCUGAACCUGGCCAUCUCGGACCUGCUCUUCCUCUUCACGCUGCCCUUCUGGAUUGACUACAAGCUCAAGGAUGACUGGGUUUUCCGUGACGGCACCUGUAAGUUGCUCUCGGGGCUUUACUACACGGGCUUGUACAGUGAGAUCUUCUUCAUUGUCCUGCUGACCGUCGACAGGUACCUGGCCAUCGUCCACGCCGUGUUCGCCCUGCGGGUCCGGACUGUCAUCUUUGGGGUCAUCUCCAGCGUUGGCGCCUGGGGCCUGGCCAUCUUGGCCUCCAUCCCAGGCUUCUACUUUUCCAAGACCCAGCGGGAGUUGUCCCAUACCACCUGCAGCCUCCACUUCCCUCGUGGAAACCUCAAAGGCUGGAAACAGUUCCAGGCUCUGAAACUGAACAUGUUGGGGCUGGUUUUGCCUCUGUUGGUCAUGAUCAUCUCCUACACAGAGAUUAUACGGAUCCUGCUCAAACGACCCAACGAGAAGAAGGCCAAAGCCGUCCGUCUGAUCUUUGUCAUCAUGAUCGUCUUCUUUCUCUUCUGGACCCCCUACAACCUGGCCGUGUUGGUCUCUGCUUUCCAAGACAGCCUUUUCACCGAUGAGUGCAGGCAGAGCAAGCAGCUGGACCUGGCCAUGCAGGUGACGGAGGUGAUCGCCUACACGCACUGCUGCGUCAACCCUGUCAUCUACGCCUUCGUCGGGGAGCGGUUCCGCAGGUACCUGAGCCAGCUGUUCCACCAGCUGCUGUCUGUGGGCCUGGUGAAAGGGCUCCCCUUCCUCUCCACCGACAGGCUCGAGAGGACCAGCUCCAUGUCCCCCUCCACGGCGGAGCACGAACUCUCCGCUGGGUUCUGACUCGGGCCGCUGGAGGCCGAUCCAGGACCCAGGAAGGGUGACCCACCGGGCACGCUGACCCAAGCCCAGGCAGGUUGGGUCUCCCCACCAGGUUCGGACACCUGGCACAGUAUGGAAUUGCAGCCGUGUGGGGGUCAGGAAGUUUAAAGGUGAUCUAGACUAAAUCAACUCUGGGGCCACUGAGUCCUCUCCAAGAGGGCUUUCUGCCUCCCUGGUAGAAAGGAGGUGAAUGAGCGGAAUAGGACAUUCCAGAAGACUAGGACGGAGGGUGCCAGGGACGAGCUGGGGCCCAAACAGGAUUUCAGAUUCGUGAGCAUUAACAUUUGUAAACAGAGCCACAGAGCCCCCCCACCUCCCACCCCGGCCCCCCACUGCAGGGUUUAGGCUCUUGGAAACCCUGAGGAAUGGAGAACUCUGUGAUGGAACAACUGGAGACUUAGUGGGAAAUAGGAUUGGGGAACUGCCUUUGGCAGUGGAAAGGAGAAAGCCCCUGGCGAGAAUGUUUAUAUUUGCAAAAAUCAAACAACUCAGGCGGUGGACUAGACACGGAUGGCAGGCAUAACACGUUUGAUUCUUGAAAUAGCCGCGGAGGGGAGGGAGUCAUUAUUCCCAUUUAUCAGUUUCUUCUUUCUGAAUGAAUAUUUUCUGGAAUCUCCCUUCCUUGUAAGUUGGAUGAGGUGGGAGUACAUUCUGAUGGCUUUAUUGCAGAAAUUAAUAUCAGGCAAAAGGAGACAGUGUCGAUUUCCCUGCUCUGCUUCCCCACCCAAGCCUUCUGGUUUUACCGAUCAGAGUUCUGACUGUUGCCUUGGACCCAUCUGCAGAAAAAAAUGACCUUGUGUGUCUGAAGCCGAGAGGGAGGGGGGUAAGGUGGAGACUCACCUACCUUCAUGUAGGAGGUUGAAAGGACCCUUAACUCAAAGAACCAUAUUUCCCCUAAUUGUCCUUAACACUUGAUCUCUCACCAGGGACUUCCUGGUCAUCACGUCUUUCUUCCCUUUUCCCUAGGAUAUGUACUUCUUUACAAAUAAUUUUCCCAAUAACAACAACAACAACAAAACAGCUUAAAAACUCAAAAGGAAAACGAAAACACCCACAGCACCCAAUUCUCACUAGCCAAAGACAGCGAGUGUGCACUCUUCCACGUAUUCUCUGUUAGUUUGGGGUUUGUUUUCCCCUGUGUGUAUUUACAAUGAUGACAAAGACAGACUUCAACUGUACUCUUGUUUUUGUUUUUAAGUAGCGAUGUGUUGCGGCCACUUUCCCAGGUGAAUAAACAUAAUAUUAAAGCGCUGUU